CUCAAGGCUGACACCAGCUGAGGGGGAAAAAAGAUAUCAGAGAUUGAGAGAAAAUCAAGAAAGGGCACGGGUCAGUUUUGUUCUCGGUUGUCCACUCCCUGCCUUCCUCCAAAUCUCCGCUCGCAAAAUCCCCUUCGUCCUUUCGUCAUUCUCCAGAGCAGCACACUGCACGUCGCGAUUGUAUCCCCGCAUGAUGCGAUGAAUUUCUCUUUUGCGCCAUGGUUGAACUGUUUUGUUAAUAUUUAAGAGACUGGUUGGAUGUUCCUGUUUUCACUAUCCAACGGGAUCCUUGAGGCCUUGGAGUAAACCCCUGCUGGAGGUUUGACCCUGCAUUCGCAAGCUUCUCGACGCUUAACUUUUCUCUCCUGUCAUUAAUCUUCAUAUCCUCUUCCAACACCCCUUUACUGCCUUCCCAAGCUUUAGGUUCGUGGCCUUUGCUAGGAAGAACUCCACUUCUCGUCCUUGAUGGCGUCCUCAAGAUCACACCCCCAUUCCAGCAAACGACCUGUUCCUGCGCCCUCGAAUCCCGUCCUCCUCGCGGCACAAGCUCAAUGGCUCUUCACCGAUGAGGAGCUCACCCGCGCGCCGUCGCAACUGGAUGGCCUGAAGAUAGAACAAGAGAAUGUGAACCGGAGCAAAGGGGUCAAUUUCAUCACUCAGGUGGGCAUCAUGCUAAAAUUGCCGCAACUCACCCUUGCGACAGCCGCCGUCUACUUGCACCGCUUUUUCAUGCGAUAUAGUAUGGUUGAUUUACCACAACGGCCGGGAAUGCACCCAUACCCGAUUGCUGCAACAGCCCUAUUCCUUGCCACCAAAGUUGAGGAGAAUGUCCGGAGGAUGCGAGAGCUGGUGGUAGCCUGCUGUCGGGUGGCACAGAAACAGCCCAACCUUGUUGUGGACGAGCAGUCGAAAGAGUUUUGGAAAUGGCGCGAUACAAUCCUUCACCAUGAAGAUCUACUCUUAGAAGCUCUUUGUUUCGAUCUGCAGCUCGAGCAACCUUAUCGAAUUCUCUACGAUUUCAUCUGCUUCUUUGGGGUUAACGAGAGUAAACCCCUUCGCAACGCCGCCUGGGCCUUUGUCAACGACUCGAUGUUCACGGUCCUGUGUCUUCAGUUCCCCGCCCGUACCAUCGCUGCAGCCGCACUCUACGCAGCCGCCCGCCACUGCGACAUCGGAUUCGAAGACGACGGGCAGGGGCAACCUUGGUGGGAGCAGAUCGAGGUCGAUCUGGUUCAGGUGCGCCAGGCGUGCACCCGAAUGGCGCAAUUGUAUGAAAGCAAUGCGGCGCACAAACAUAGCCAGUACUACCCGACCACCCCAUUCCUCUGGGACGAAGGUGCUGAGAAGACCCGGAUCCCACACACGGGCAGCUCGCUCGACGCACCAGACUCUGCCCUCGGUAGGAAACGGUCGCGGGAGCCCGAAGACGAAGCCCAAGAGCGCCGCUGCCACUCACAAGACGUAUCCCCGAAGUCUGGGGAUCAUCUCGCCCCAACCAGCAGUCAGAACGGAGGACUUCGAUCGCCGAAACGGCCACGAGUAGGAUCGGACGCGACAGAGAAGUCUCACUCUGCCACUGCAUCAUUCACUUCUCCUUCCUCUACCCUUCCACCAGGGGGCCAACAGCCUCCUCCUCCUCCUUUUUCUUCUUCCUCUGCUUCAUCCUUCUCGCAUGAUCGGCCCUCCAACGGCCACGUCCCAUCCCAACACCAUCAUCACCGCUACCAACACCCUCUCCCACCGAACCCACGCAGCUUGCCAUCGAGACGCAACAGCGAAUCCCAAUCUGUCGAUCCCAUCCAGCAACGUAUUGACGAAAUCGUCCAACAGAACAUGUCCCCACCGCAAGGUUCUACAGCAUCAGGAGCGGCCAGUAAAUCGGACAAACGAUACCGCGAACCUGACGACGUAACUCGAAAGCGGAGAACAUCUUCGUCGGCCUUCUCCGUAUCCUCAGCGGGCGGUAGAAACGAACAUCUUCAUCCUCCUCCGCCGCCGCCGCCCUCAUCUUCUUGCCCUCCAGAGAAACAGAACCGCCCUCUACCACCACCCCCGCCUUCUAAUCCCCCAGAACCAGAUGACGAUGCAGGCGGCAGUGAAGAAGGCGAAUUAUAAACAUUUUGAUUUCCCUCUUCUUCUUCUUCUUCUUCUUCUUAUAUUUAUGAAGACUCUUGCACCUACCAAAAAAGGAGUUAGCAUUUAAAGAAGAAAAGAAACGAAAAGAAAAGAAACACCAUCCAAUCCUUCAUAGAAGAGAGGAGAGGAGAAAAUCAAACGAAUACCGAUGCGAAAGCCUCAUCGCAAAUAAGGCUUCUCUUCUUCUUCUUCUUCCUCCUGUUUUAUUUCUAUACUUCUUGGUUCUGGUCAUCAAUAUAAAAGGCAGGCAUGGCUUAUGGAGCUCUCUCUGCUUUCGGUGAGCGUGUUCUAGGUGUACGAAUUCUCUCUUGUUCUUGUUAUUCCGACCCUUUUUUUCUAUUAUUAAUCCCUUCAGACUGGAUGUAUAUAUACAUACCAUACCAUACCAUCUUAUAUAUUAUUAUAUCAUAUUAGAUUUCAC